GCUUCUCGAUCUUUUAACCCCCCAUUAUUACAUAUUACUCCAUUAUUCUUCUUCUUCUUUCGUGACUUUCAGGGGACACUUUGUUUUUUUUCCUCACGAUUAAAAUUCUAUGAUUUCGCCGCCGGUGGACGCAAUGAUUACCGGAGAAUCAUCAUCUCAGAGAUCUAUCCCGACGCCGUUUCUCACAAAAACGUAUAACCUCGUUGAAGAUAGUUCCAUCGACGAUGUUAUCUCAUGGAACGAAGAUGGUUCUUCUUUCAUCGUAUGGAAUCCAACAGAUUUCGCUAAAGAUUUGCUUCCUAAACACUUCAAACACAACAAUUUCUCUAGCUUCGUUCGUCAGCUCAACACUUACGGAUUCAAAAAAGUUGUACCGGAUCGAUGGGAGUUUUCGAAUGAUUUCUUUAAGAGAGGAGAGAAACGUCUUCUCCGUGAGAUCCAACGUCGGAAAAUAACAACGACGACGCAUCAAACUGUUGUUGCUCCGUCGUCAGAACAGAGAACCCAGACGAUGGUUGUAUCACCGUCAAAUUCAGGGGAGGAUAAUAAUAAUAAUAAUAUGAAUAAUCAGGUGAUGUCUUCUCCGUCGUCGUGGUAUUGUCAUACGACGACGACGACGGGGAACGGUGGUUUAUCAGUUGAGUUAUUGGAAGAGAACGAGAAGCUUCGGAGUCAAAACAUUCAGCUUAACCGUGAGCUUACUCAGAUGAAAUCUAUCUGCGAUAAUAUCUUUAGUCUCAUGUCGAAUUACGUCGGAUCUCAAGCCACUGAUCAGAGUUAUUCUCCGGGAGGUAGUAGCAGUCAACCGGUGGAGUUUUUACCGGCGAAGCGGUUUUCUGAGAUGGAGGUUGAAGAAGAAGCGAGUCCGAGGCUGUUUGGUGUUCCGAUAGGUCUAAAACGGACGAGAAGUGAAGGAGUUCAGGUGAAGACGGUUUCUACGACGGCGGUGGUGGGUGAAAAUUCCGAUGAGUGGUUGACGAGACAUUGUAAUCGAACCAAUCAGAGAGUUUGUAAUUAAACGAACGGUUUAGAUUUGGUGUGUAGAUAUGUGCGCGAAGUAGAGGAUUACAGCUUUUUAAGACAAGCAGAGCACGUGUCGCAUCUGUUUCAAGAAGUUUCUUCAAUCUUGACUUCUUCUUUUAACACUUUGUGUUUUUUAUUUAAUUAAUAAUAAUAAAUGCUCUUGUUUCAG